UGCGCGGCGCUUGCGCGUUCAGUGACCUUCCGAGUCGUUGGUUGCGGGUCCUCCGUCCCGCGGAGCCGUUUGUCCUGCGCCACAAUGCUCCAAAGCCUGAUCAAGAAUGUGUGGACCCCCAUGAAGCCCUACUACACACAAGUUUACCAGGAGAUCUGGAUGGGGGUGGGCCUGAUGGGCUUCAUCAUAUACAAGAUCAGGAGCGCCGAUAAAAGAAGCAAAGCUCUGAAAGCUUCUGGUGGGGCACCUGCCCACGGCCACCACUGAGCAGCUGCCUGAGAUCCUGUCGGAUGAAGUGUCCACUCGGCCUGGAUGUCGGAGCAGUGUUGGGGACAUGGCUGUCACUCCUGCCUGUGCUGGGUGGCAUGAAUAAACGUGUGUGAGAGAAA